AUGGCAUGUAGGCUGGCCUCAUGUUCUUUCUGGAUAUUGCCCGGGCUCUUGCAGUUCGCCAGGGCUGGCGAGGUUUGUGGUGCAGGAGAUGUUCCUUGUGCAUCUCGCGCCCCCGCGUUGAUUCAGCAUCUAUCCCGCCGGGAGCCUUCCACAGGUGGCACGACCAUUCAAGGGAAAAUUGAGCUUGUCUACAAUAUGAGUGCAUAUGCUGGAAAGUCUGCGGAAGAGUUCCAUAACAUCCAGGACGCAGGCAUGCAGGCCAUGCAGGAAUCUCUUGCGGACGUUAUUGGAUAUGGGCUCGCGGCAAGGGACAUCGGCCUGCGUUUCGAAGCUCACAUAAAGCAGCAGAGUUUGGAUAUGUUUUGUUUCUUCACCUUCCCGUGCCCGGCAACAGCAACACCAGAUGACGUGACAGCAUCCAUGUCCAAGAUUACGGCGACUUCCUUGAAGGAGGUGCUCAACGCUAAGGCCGCGGCUUUCGGGGCCCAUCCCCAGGACUUUACGGCCUCGGGACUUCUGGAAGCAACAGUCCUCCCGAGCACACCUUCGCACACUUGA